CACAGGUAAGUGGUAAAAUCACUAGCUGGAACUAGGCCAAUGGAGUUCAUCCAUUCUACCACAAUUUGACUGCAGGGUUGGGGAAAGAAGAACAUUUGCCUGAAACUCAACAAAAAGGAAGCUUGAUUCUUACUCAGCUUCAACCCUGAACUAAACUUUUUGUGAUGCCUGCAGUUGCAGCGUCUGAUCCGAAGCUUGCGGUGGUUUCUGUAGACAGAGGAAGAGUGAAAGUGGAGUGUGAAGCCAGAUGCUGGCUGCCACCACCACUGAUGAUGAUUCCGGAUUAUGAGGGAAACAGCCUCACCAAUGAAAAGCCUGAACAACACAAAACCACCGGAGGAUGCUACAACAUGAAGCAAACAGCCAUUCUCCAGAGUCCAAUAAGCAGGGUCAUCUGCAGAGUUCACCAACAGAUGAUUAAACUAAGCAAGACUGCAGAGAUCCUUAUUCCAGCUCACUGGAUGGAGCCCAAAGCCAACAGCACUGUCUUUACUGUUUUUAUAACAGUUGUGGUUUGCUUGUUUCUCUUUUCAUCAUGUUUGCUCUACAUGAGGAAUAUUGUACAUUCUUCAUCUGGUUGUUCCUGUGCAAAUCAUCACCUUGAGCAGAUUGUGACCUUUGCCGGUGGGAAUGUCAUCCUGCCCUGCAGUCUGAAAAUCCCUAACAACGGUGACAUGCCAACAGUGGAGUGGUCCAAGGAAGGCCUGAAGCCGAACGUGGUCUUCUUGUACCGCAAUGGCUUUGAGACUUUUGAGAUGAAAAAUCCAGCCUUUGAGUUCCGGACGAGCCUCUUCAUGAGAGAGGUAAAAAACGGGAACGUCUCGCUGAGGAUCUCCAACGUGAGGAUCUCAGACGAGGGGAUCUACCAAUGUUUGAUCAUCCAAAGGAACAGAACCAGAGAGGCUAAAGAAAUGCAGCUGGUUGUCACUGCACUGUCUGACCCGAGGCUUUCAGUGGAUUCUGAUAAAAACGGGAGAAUGACGGUGGCCUGUGAGGCGACUUGCUGGCUGCCAGCCCCACUGAUGGCGAUUGUGGAUGAAAAAGAGAACAACAUCACUGACACUGUGGAGAUACAAGGAGCACAUAACACAGAAUGUUACACAGUGAGGCAAACAGCCACAGUGCAGAGUCAUAAAAACAGAGUUGUCUGCAGAGUCGAGCAGCCACAGACGAACCAGAGCAGGACAGCAGAGAUCCUUCUUUCAGUUUCAGCUCCCUGGAUGUGGUCCGACUUCCAGAUUGCCGUCUUCUCUGUUGAAGUGAUAGCUUCAGUUUGCCUUUUUGGAUCAUUUGUCUUCUGCGUCUGGUGGGCGUGUUCCAAAUACGCUGGGAAGAAGCAGCUACCACAAAGGAUUUCAUCGGACCAUGAAUUAAUGGAUGUCACCUGCGAAAGCACGAACCUCCUGAACCCACCAAGUAUGACUGAUGGGGCUUACAAUGCAGCAAACAUAAUUAUCAAGACUCUGCGAACAGAGGUGGCUGAACUCAAGUCGGAGAACUUUAAAAAAGAUGAGACUAUCCUUAAACUGUUGGGGAAAUUCCAGUCCACGACUGUUGUUACCGAGCACAACCCACUCAGACGUUCAUCUGAAUCCUCACUGGAUUACCCACAGCACCUCAUAUCUUCAAACCACAACACACAAACCGGAAAGAUACAAGGUCCUCUAACUCAUCUGAACCUAGGUAACUUUUUUAAAAUGAUUGGUCUAAAACAUGAAGACCAAAACCAAAGCGCCAGUCUUGGUCCUGGCCGUGGGAAACACAGAACUGUUCGUCAGCACAGCUGUCCAGCUCUGCUGGUUUUCUCUACCUCAGCAGCUGCAGUCUACAGCGACGAGAAAAGUGAUUUCUGCUCCAGAAUAACUCCCCAGACCAACCCUGGUAUGAACACUUGCUUGGUUUCUCGCAGACAUUCCUUAGGGCUUCCGCCAUCUUUUCAGGCCAAACACAGGUACACUCCGCUGCCUCAUUUACCAGAGCAUUGAAAAGAUUUCACUUAAAGCAAAUAAGGGACACAAAUCUUCAUGCAUAAUUGGAGCUUUCCUCCUAAACAAGUUUAAUGUAAGAAGGCUGUGUAUUCCUUAGUACUUUCUGGAAAUAAAUCAGUUAUAAACUCGCUAAUUGUUAGGGAUAGCUUUGUUUCAGUUUAUAAUAUUAAAAAACAAAGCAUAAUGCAAAGUUAACCUAAUAAAGAUGGAUAGGUAAUAAGUUAAAUGAGUUGUUGUUUCAAAAAAACAUAAAAACCUGCAGUAUUUGCAAAGUUUAGUGGGGCUGGAAAAACAGAUAAGUUAAAAGGUCAUUGAUAUUUCAUCAGAAAUGUAUUUUGUAUGUCUAUUGAAGUUGUAUUUAGUUUAUUUUAUUUUAUUAAUUCAAUCCUGGUACGUUUGACAAUGUCCCCUUUGGUGCAGUUGGCUGCAAUGUUUCCAGAUUUGCAAUAAUUAAGGUAUUUGUGUAGUUUCCCCCUCUGUACAAUUCACAAUCAGUAAUUCCAAAAAGCUCCAAAUGCAUGAUUUGAGUUCUUCAAAGCCUAGUUACCCACGGUUACGCAUUUACUGUAUUUUAUAUCAAUUUAUCACGUCUACAUGCGGUCAAAUGAUCAGAUUCCUCAGAUGUUUAAGUAUUACACUCAGAUUGCUCUUGCUGUAAGGGGCCUUUCCGCCAAAAGAACCCCUUUUCCAGCUUUAAAACUCCUUGAUUUUAAGCCCCCUCAUGGACUGACUGGUAAACUCAAAGUGGAAAUUAUAUUCGUAUUAUUGUUUGCAUGAAUGAGACUGCACUGAAUUGGUGAUUAGUAAAACAGGGAUCAGAUUAUUUUUAUUUGCUUUUAUUGUGUUGUUUAUGUUUUGUGAUUUUUUAAUAUGAAAAACACUAAUUAUCCUAAAUGUCAGAUCUGGGACAUUUGCUAUGAAGCAGGAUUGAUUAUUGAGCUAACUUCAGGUGCAGUUCGGGAUUUUCAGUUUCACCAAGCUGAUUCACUUGUUAAUUGGAUCCACCACCAUUGUAAACCUAACCUCCUCAAGACCAGUUUACGAAAGUGCCGUUUCUCAUCCAACCACUGUCCUGAAAACAAUGCAAUACAAUGGAAAGCACAAUGGUGCGUGAACACACUCCUCUGCACAUCAUAGUCAACCAGAAAAUCUUGGUGAUAUCUCACCAGCAAUGAUCAUCAUGCACUCAAAACAUCCUGAUUUCUCUACGGUUUGUUGAAGAUUAAAAACGAACAACUUUGUUUAAUUUAAAUGUCUUCUCUUCUGCACUGAGGUAACAGGCUAUAAGAUGUACAUUCAAUGGUCAUUUGUUAUUGAUUCGUAUUAUCCUGACAAACAUUAACGUGCAAAUUACAUUUGUUCAUUGAUCUCUGUGUUAACAUUAAGCUGCCGGUACCAUAGUUUACUAUGGGACCAGCUGUCUGAAAACACUGGUGAGCUGGGUGGGAUUGUGGGAAAGCAUUAAUCCCUAUGUUUGUCAAUAUGCUGGUAACUUGUUAAAAAAUGGUAUAAUUGUGCUUUUAUUUGAGUUGUAUUCAGUUUGAAGUCGCUGUGCACUUAUUUUUAGUUGGCAGAAUAUAUAUAUUUUUUUUCUAAAGCACAGUCUUUUAUUGAGACAUGCUUAGUUUCUACACUGUGGAGCGGGCACAUGGUUCCCCCUUCAUUUUCUUCCCGUUUCUUGGUGGCAUGUUCAUGUGAAGCUGCUGUACUUUUUGUAUUUGCUGCUUUAAAAAUGGAUAUAGUUUAUUAAUACAAAAUAUUUGCUAUAUGUUAACUGUUACAAACAUGCAUUGUUCAUUUAUUCAGAGAAAUGUGACCUUGUAACUUUUGGGUGGGGAACUCAACUCUAUUUAUCUAGGCCCAAAUCUGUAAAUAACUAUUCUGUGUAAAAUAGCUUUUUGAACGUCAAAAAAAUAUGGUAUUUAUUACAGGUUUUUACGCUCGGUCGACUGGGAUCCGAGCUGAGUAGAGGUGUACAUGUGGAGGCCGGGUCAUAUGGAGCUGCUGUACUACAUUCCUUCUUGUUUUAAACAGAAUAAACUGCCCAGUAAAUAUGUUUA